AUAUAAUACAUUUAAUAAAAUUUUUACACCACUAACAUUACACUUUUUCUCCGCAACAACUAGCAUUUAAGCUUUCAGCUACUGUGGUUGGUUGGUUCAGUGUUGCAGAGAAAACACUCAGCAGAGAUGGAUGCCUUCUCAUCCUCAUUCCUCUCUACAUUUUCAUUCUCGAAUGUCUCUCUAACACCACCACCACCACCACCACAACCACAACCAUCAAAUCCUCCUCUCCUCCACAUCUCCGCUGUCCGAAUAGAAGAAAAACCACCAACUUCAACUUCCUCCUCCUCCUCCACCACCACCACCACCACCCCCCCUACAAGAACACCUCAAAUUUCAAAACCAAUCCCACAAAAAUCCACAUCAAAAAAACCAACCACCACACCACCACCACCAACUGCGAGACGAGCAGAGCCGAGCUUUUCCACCACCAUCUUCAACACAUUCGACGAAAUCAUCAACAACUUCAUUGACCCACCCCUCCGCCAGUCCGUCGACCCACGCUACGUCCUCUCCGACAACUUCGCCCCCGUCGACGAACUCCCUCCGACCAACUGCACGGUGGUGGAAGGCUCCCUCCCGCAGUGCCUCCACGGCGGAGCGUACAUCCGCAACGGCCCCAAUCCCCAAUUCCUCCCCCGCGGCCCCUACCACCUCUUCGACGGCGACGGCAUGCUCCACGCCAUCAAAAUCUCCGGCCCCACCGCCGCCACCCUCUGCAGCCGCUACGUGAAGACCUACAAGUACACAAUCGAGUGCAAAACCGGUUCUCCGGUCAUCCCCAAUGUCUUCUCCGGCUUCAAUGGCCUCACCGCCUCAGCGGCGCGUGGGGCAGUCACCGCCGCUCGAGCUCUCGCCGGACAAUUCAACCCCACCAAUGGGAUUGGGCUUGCGAACACGAGCUUGGCUCUCAUCGGAUCCAAACUCUACGCUCUCGGCGAGUCUGAUCUUCCUUACGCCGUCGAGAUCUCGCCGGACGGCGAUAUAAUCACUCUGGGUCGCCGUGAUUUCGCCGGAAAAUUGUUCAUGAGCAUGACGGCGCAUCCGAAACUUGACCCAGAUACCGGCGAGGCAUUCGCUUUCCGGUAUGGUCCGGUACCGCCAUUUCUAACCUUUUUCAGGUUCAACCCAGAUGGCUCGAAACAACCUGACGUGCCGAUUUUCUCAUUGACUACUCCUUCGUUUCUUCAUGAUUUUGCGAUCACGAAGAAGUACGCCAUUUUUGUUGAUAUUCAGAUCGGAAUGAACCCCAUGGAGAUGAUCCUCGGAGGGUCGCCGGUGGGUACUGAUUCGGCGAAAGUGCCGAGAAUCGGCGUGAUUCCGAGGUACGCGAAGGACGAGUCGGAGAUGAGGUGGUUUGAAGUGCCGGGGUUCAAUAUAAUACAUGCGAUAAAUGCGUGGGAUGAGGACGGUGGUGAUACGGUGGUGAUGGUGGCGCCGAAUAUAUUGGCGGUGGAGCAUACGUUGGAGAGGAUGGAUUUGAUACAUGCGUCGGUGGAGAUGGUGAGGAUUGAUCUUAAGAGUGGGGUGGUGUCCAGGUUUCCGGUGGCGGCCAGGAAUUUGGAUUUUGCUGUGAUUAAUCACAACUACUUGGGAAAGAAGAACAGGUACGUGUAUGCAGCAAUUGGGGAUCCAAUGCCGAAGAUCUCCGGGGUGGUGAAACUCGACGUGUCAGUAUCAGAAGGCGACCGCCGUGACUGCACGGUGGCUAGUCGGUUGUUCGGGCGGGGCUGUUUUGGGGGCGAGCCCUUCUUCGUAGCAAAGGACCCUAACAAUCCCGAGGCGGACGAGGAUGAUGGGUACGUAGUAACUUAUGUUCACGAUGAAUACAUAGGCGAGUCGAGGUUUCUAGUGAUGGACGCAAAGUCUCCGGACCUCGACAUCGUGGCAGCCGUGAAAUUGCCCCGGCGAGUACCUUACGGCUUUCACGGGUUGUUUGUGAGAGAAAGCGACCUCAACAAGCUCUAAAUUGAAAUUGAUUUUGAACAAUAAUGCUACAUACACAGAACCUAAAUUCAGAAAAAUACACAGAAUUUGACAUGUUUCAACUAGAUUUAUUAUUAGUGUUUCUUCUGAAUUUGGGUUCUGUCUAAAAAGUAUUUCUGAUUGAUUUCAUGUCACACACUGUUAUACAAUAGUCACACUUAUAGGGGCAAUGUUGUAGCCCAUGUAUAGUUUUUCCUUUUUUAAUGAAUAAUUGUAUUGUGAAAAAAUUUAGUUGGUCAAACUUUAUAAUGCUUUAUUUGAUUUAUGAAAAUCCCACACAAGAGAAGUAAUGUCAUACAGAAUUGCUUCAAAUUUUCUA